AUGAUAACAGAGCUGGAACAAAUUGAGGAGACAUGGCAUUCUGAAGUUCAGGAACUUUCCCAACUAAUUGAGAAGUUAAAAGAAGAAAACAAACAACUUAAAGAUGCAAUUGAAGAUAAUGAAGCAUCGACUAACCAUUCACCGAUUCCAGCUUGUUCUGCAAAUUCUACAAAUGUCGAGGAAAUACAACUUAUGAUACGCCUUAAAGAAGUUAUAGACCGUCAGAAAAUACUAAUUCGUUCAUUACGUCAACAGCUUACUCAAAAACAUGUUGAUUUAGAUGCGGUUUUACAGUUGAGGAUUAUGCUGAAUAGUUGUGUAUCAGUUGUUACUAUCUCAAGUUUAUAAUUGAUUCCAUUCGCAUUAGAAUAAUCUCGACCAUUAGUAAUUCACGAACUGCCGUAAAGAAAACCAAACUAAAUCGUAGUCGAAUAUCGAGAUAUAACAAGGUUGUGAAAAGACUCAACGAUGAAAUCUAAAAGUCAUCUGUUAAUUUCAUUCGUGAGUAAUCUAUAAUAUUCAUAUUUUCUAGUCAUAUAUGCUUUAAAGGACUAUCACUGACGUUUAUUGAAUUGCUUCAUCUUUUAUAAAUUUUCUAUUUUGCAUAUAAGUAUGCUCUUUUCCUCGAGUAAAA